AUGGGAUCAUUGCCCCCGGGUCGUGUAACAGCUUCCAAACCAUUCUCGCAUUGUGGUGUAGACUAUGCUGGACCGCUUGUCUUACGGGAAGGCAAACGGCGAAAUGCCAGGAAUCACAAGGCCUACGUGGCCAUUUUCGUUUGUUUCGCAACCAAGGCGGUACACGUGGAGCUCGUGAGCGAUUUGACUUCUGAAGCGUUCAUAGCUGCGUUCAAACGCUUCAUAUCACGUAGGGGCAAGCCUUCUCACAUCUAUUCCGAUAAUGGCACAACAUUCGUUGGUGCACAAAAUCAAUUGAAGGAGCUGUCUGACUUCCUAAAUAAGGAACAAGCAUUGGACGAUGUCAAACAGUUCUUUCGACUUCAGCAAACGUCAUGGACGUUCAUACCCCCUAAUGCUCCUCACUGCGGUGGCUUAUGGGAAGCCGCGGUGAAGUCCGUAAAGUAUCAUUUGACCCGCGUCGUCGGUAGAGCUCACUUAACUUUCGAAGAGAUGCAAACAAUACUCUGCGAAAUCGAGUCAAUCCUGAAUUCACGACCACUCACCGCCUUGAGUGCAGAUCCAAAUGAUUUAGCGUAUUUAAGCCCAGGUCACUUUCUGAUUGGUACCACUAUGAACAGUCUCCCUUCUCAUGACUUAACUGAUAUACAGGAAAACCGCUUAAUACGCUGGCAGCGGAUUGAGCAACUUAAGCAGCAUUUUUGGCGCCGUUGGAGCCAUAAAUAUCUUCACUCUUUACAAGCGCGUCCUAAAUGGAGAAUGGACAAGGGCACUCAACUAAAACCCGGGCAACUUGUCCUUGUAAGGCAGCAAGAUUUGCCACCGUUACAUUGGUUACUGGGUCGGGUAAUAGAAGUGCAUGUGGGCGUGGAUGGUGUCGUGCGUACGGCUACCGUGAAAACCGCUAAAACCUCUCUCACGAGGCCCUUGUCCAGGCUCGCAAUAUUGCCACUCGAAACGCCUUGA